UAUUUUACAAACGAAUGACAAAAUAAAAUCUUAAUAGUGUGCUUAAUAAUGAAACUGUUUCGUUAUCAUUUCGGACGAAUUCUCACUAUCAGCAGUGGUUCUUAUUGUUUUGUAAAUUCUUCCACUCCAAUCCCGGGUUGGGGUACUUGCAGCGUAAUGACCAAAUGUCCGUCAUCGCUUCUGCCAGCGUAUAACCACGAUAAACAAAACUUGUUUAUUUGCGGUGUACAGUUUAUCGUUGCAACUGGGUUUGGUUGACCAUUCUAGUCGACCGUUUUGCAUAUAAACGAGCGAUAGUGGACACCACUUUUGCAGUCCAGCACACGUUGCAUCGGUGUACAGUGAUCGUGUGAUAAAGAAUCGUCUGUUUUUAGUCAACACAGUAUGGCGGAUAUUAAUACACGCUUUCGUGGACUGCUGCAACGUCCGUACGAACCAACGUUUGUGCCAAAAAACAAUGGUCAAUUGUACUACGAUGUACCCGACAGUUAUCUUACCGAUCAUUACCGUCCGUUCGGGGCGGCAUUGCAGAACCGUUACGGUACCAACGCGCAAACGCGCAUUCCAUUGCCGAACAUUACGGCACCGGAUCUGGCAUACGCGGAUGUAGUUAGCCGUCGGGGUGCAUUUUCCGUGUUUCAACCGGCACACCAGCGGGUGGCCAGCCAACUGAUCGAACUGUUCCUUAACCAAACCAAUCCGGAUGCGCUCAGUGCUAUAGCCGUGUACGCGCGCGAUCGUCUAAAUGGGCCACUGUUUCAGUACGCUCUCUCGGUAGCGUUGAUGCAUCGUACCGAUACGAAGGAUGUGGAGAUACCGAGCUUUUUGGAGCUGUUCCCCGACCGGUACGUUGAUCCGGCCGUUUUCCCACAGCUGCGCGAGGAAGGUACGCUGGUAGAUCAGGGCGAUCGUCGAGCGAUUGAGAUCCCGAUGAACUUUACGGCCUCGGAUAGGGUGGAUGAGCAGCGGUUAGCUUACUGGCGGGAAGAUAUUGGUGUGAAUUUACACCACUGGCAUUGGCAUCUGGUGUAUCCGGCCCGUGGACCGGAUCGUAUCGUGCGCAAGGAUCGCCGUGGCGAGCUGUUUUACUACAUGCAUCAGCAAACGAUGGCACGCUACAAUACGGAGCGUUUCGCGAAUGGUUUGCCGCGUGUUGUGGCGUUUAGGAAUUUUCGUGAAGCAAUCCCGGAAGGGUACUUUCCUAAAAUAACGCGCAGCUCUGAUGGACGCUCAUACCCGGCCCGGCAUCCCAAUGAAACGUUGAGGGAUCUUAAACGAGUUGAAGAUGGAGUCAUUGUAUCGAUCGCUGAUAUGGAACUGUGGACGACAAGAAUUUUCGAAGCGAUCGAUAAUGGGUUUGCUCAAUCGUCAACCGAUCAACGCGUUCCACUGGACAACGACAAUGGAAUAGAUCUGUUGGGAAACAUGGUUGAAGCGAGCUCCUUAUCGGUGAAUCUCCAAUACUAUGGAGAUCUCCACAACAACGGACAUAACAUUUUGGGCUACAUACACGAUCCGGACAACUCGUUCUUGGAGGGUUUCGGUGUCGUCGGCGACAAUACGACGGCAAUGCGCGAUCCGGUGUUUUAUCGCUGGCAUCAGCACAUCGACGACAUGUUCGUACGCCACAAGCAAAGGCUUCCGGCAUACACCGGACAAGAGUUGUCAUUUAACGAUGUAGCCGUGGACAAUUUUGAAAUUCAGCUCAACAAAGCGAACGCUCCUAUGAACAUACUGCUCACAUUCUGGCAAAGAUCUCAGGUAAAUCUCGGCACUGGGCUUGACUUUGGACCCGAGGGAAAUCUGUUCGCAACGUUUACGCACAUCCAGCACGCACCGUUCAGCUUCCGGAUUCGGGUGAACAAUCGUGCUGGUGAUACCAGACGCGGUACGGUUCGUAUUUUCUACGGUCCGAAAACGAAUGAACGGGGCCAAACGUUGCCGUUCCGUGACCAGCGCCGUCUGAUGGUGGAGUUGGAUAAGUUUACCGUAACGCUUAAUCCGGGUGCUAACACGAUCGUGCGACGUUCGGAUCAAUCGAGCGUUACGAUUCCGUACGAGCGAACGUUUAGGAAUGUGGCCGCAUCAUCGUUGACGCGAAACGAAGCGUUCCAGUUCUGUAACUGUGGUUGGCCGAACCAUAUGCUACUUCCGAAGGGUUCACCCGAUGGGUUAGAGUAUGACUUUUUCGUUAUGGUUUCGGACUACACGAUGGACCGUGUUGAAGAUUUCGAUGAGAAUGUUAACUGUAACGAUGCUCACUCGUUCUGUGGAUUGCGAGAUCGACGCUAUCCAGAUGCACGCAGCAUGGGUUAUCCGUUCGAUCGGUUCACGGCAGGCACGAUCGGAAGUUUGCUGGAUUUCACCAAACCGUACGUCAACAUGCUCGUCACUCCCGUGAAGAUACGGUUCACCAAUACGGUUAUAGCGCGAGCCUAAAAUAUAUAUUGCGGCGAUGAUAAGACUUUUUAUAAUUGUAUGCGCAUUUGAAGUUGAAAUAAACGGACCUACGUAUUUAUGAGCAACAAUCAUUUUUGCCUACUUAU